AUGUCUAGCUCAGUAAAUUUCCUCCUCUCGCAACGUUUAAAUACCAUUUGUCAUCUCACUGAAUUGUCGACACUAUUAUUUCAAUAUAUAAACAUUCAAUUAACAAACUAUCUCCAUACUCUUAAAUACAGUUACCAUGUUUUUUCACACUUUUCAUUAUCUUUGGAUAAGUCCUGCAAAGUCAAAUACGGUAAACAAGUCCUAAAAGAAGGAAAAGAAUUAUCAAUCAGCGGAAAGCUAUACAAAGUCGAAGAUUGUCACUUACAACGUGCCUAUCAAGCAUGCGGUACUCAUCUGUGGUUUAUGCUCAACAUUGUCUGCGGAGCUAUUGAAUCUCAAAAAGUGAAGCCCAAACGAAGUCUCCUACGCACACGAAGAUUCACUCAAGAGAAGUUACUUUCGGAUGCUUGUUGUGAAAACUCAUGUACUGUCGCCGAGUUAGCACGAUAUUGUCCAUAG